AUGGGGGAGAAUGAAACCCAACACUCAGAUUCAGAUCCUCACAAUUUAGCCAACCAAGGAAAAAAGCAGUGUGUAAAAAUGGAGGAUGGUGAAAGCAGUAAAACUGGUGAUGCAAAGGAAAAUAACAUAGUGGACAAGGAAGAUAAGGAUGAGAAGAAAAAUAAAAGUAAACCUGAGAAGAAAAAUAAUAAAGAGGAGGGGAAGAAAGAAAUAUUUGUCAUUGAUCCCUCUGGAAACCUUUAUUACAACUGGCUGUUCUGCAUCACGCUGCCUGUCAUGUACAACUGGACAAUGAUUAUUGCUAGAGCCUGUUUCGAUGACCUUAAUAAUAACAAUUUAGAAAUGUGGUUCAUUUUGGACUAUUCUUCAGAUUUUAUUUAUAUUGCUGACAUGUUUGUACGAACAAGGACAGGUUAUUUGGAGCAAGGAUUGUUGGUGAAAGAAAAAUCUAAGCUCAGGAAAAGAUACAAGGAAACAUCACAAUUCAGAUUAGAUGUAAUGUCCAUCAUGCCAACUGAUCUACUUUACUUCAAAUUAGGACUGAAUUAUCCAGAAAUAAGAAUAAACAGAUUACUUAGAAUAUCACGUAUGUUUGAAUUCUUCCAGCAAACAGAAACAAGAACAAGUUACCCAAAUAUCUUCAGAAUCUCUAAUCUUGUCAUGUACAUUAUAAUAAUUAUCCACUGGAAUGCUUGUAUGUAUUUCUCACUCUCAAAAGCAAUUGGCUUUGGUACAGACACAUGGGUCUAUCCCAACAUUUCUCAUCCUGAAUUUGGCAGGCUUGCUAGAAAAUAUGUAUAUAGUCUUUACUGGUCAACACUGACCUUGACAACUAUUGGUGAAACACCUCCUCCUGUGCUAGAUAUUGAGUACUGGUUUGUUGUUGUCGAUUUUUUGGUUGGUGUAUUAAUUUUUGCUACCAUUGUUGGUAAUAUUGGUUCUAUGAUCUCUAAUAUGAAUGCUGCCAAGGAGGAAUUUCAAGCAAGGAUUGAUGCUAUCAAGCAGUACAUGCAGUUUCGUAAUGUAAGCAAAGAUUUAGAAAAACGGGUUAUCAAGUGGUUUGAUUAUUUGUGGACAAAUAAAAAGGCAGUAGAUGAAAGAGAAGUCUUGAAAUUUCUUCCAGAUAAAUUACGAGCAGAAAUUGCUAUUAAUGUUCAUUUGGAGACAUUAAAAAAAGUCCAGAUUUUUUCAGAUUGUGAAGCUGGUCUUUUAGUUGAGCUAGUCCUGAAGCUACAACCUCAGGUAUUUAGUCCUGGAGAUUAUAUCUGCCGGAAAGGUGAUAUUGGGCGAGAAAUGUACAUUAUCAAAGAAGGAAAACUUGCAGUAGUAGCUGAUGAUGGCAUAACUCAGUUUGUUGUUCUUAGUGAUGGCAGCUAUUUUGGAGAGAUUAGCAUCCUUAACAUUAAAGGGAGCAAAGCUGGAAAUAGGAGGACAGCUAAUAUUAGAAGCAUUGGCUAUUCGGAUUUGUUUUGUCUGCAUAAAGAUGACCUAGUGGAAGCUUUAACAGAAUACCCAGAUGCCAAGACUUUGUUGGAAGAGAAGGGAAAGCAAAUCCUUAUGAAAGAUGGAUUACUGGAUUUAGAACAAGCAAACUUGAAAAGAGACACUGGAAAUCUUGAGCAAAAAGUUAGCCAAAUAGAAGGAAUGCUAGAUAAUUUACAAACAAGAUUUGCUAAACUUUUGGCUGAAUAUAGUGCUGCACAGCAGAAAUUGAAAACAAGGCUAAGACAAGUUGAGAACAUCGUGAAACCAUCUCUAGAGUGUGAUUUUUCAGACUUAGAAGAAUCGCAGAGAACUACUGGUCAAUAA